AAUAUUUUUCAUCUUCUUGCUGUAGCUUUGAGGCCGAGUUGUUUUAUUUUUUUUUUUCUCUCUCUCUCUUUUUUUUUAAACUCUUACUAUUAUUAUUAUUAUUUUGGUUGCGAUACAGACUUUGAUUUUUUUUUUUUUUUUUUUUGCCUUCGCUCUCUUUCCCUCCUCCCUCCCCCGAUGAACCUCUCUCCUCGCUCUGCACUUUGCAGGAGAGAGCCCAGAGGAAAAGCACCAUGAAGUGUUAAAAAUAACAAAACAAAACAACAACAACAACAAAUUUACUCGCAACAACACCAGCUAACACUUCCAGCUGCGGCUCGCGAGCUGCGAAAGAGCGAGAGGAGAGAGAGAGAAGGGAGGGAGAGAGGAGGAAAAAAAAAAAACCUCUAUGCAAAAGGCGAAUAGCGAGAGCCCCGCGCUCUGAUGCAUCAGCGGAGCCUCUGCGAGGGAUAACGCGGAGCGGGAGAGGAGCCGCCGGGGCGGACCGGAUCGGAGGCAGAGCAGGAGAGCGGAGCGGAGCUCGCCAAAAAUCAAGCUGGCUCACCCGGUGGCGACUCAGAGCAGCCCCCUCGCUCCCGGAGCGCACCCUUUCUGGAGGACUCUCGGCAGCAAAAGGAUGGCAUCAGAGCUGGCGAUGAGCAGCUCCGACCUGCCCACCAGUCCCCUGGCCAUGGAAUAUGUUAAUGACUUCGAUCUGAUGAAGUUUGAAGUGAAAAAGGAGCCGGUGGAGACCGAUCGCAUUAUCAGCCAGUGCGGCCGCCUGAUCGCCGGGGGAUCGCUCUCCUCCACCCCGAUGAGCACGCCCUGCAGCUCCGUGCCCCCGUCCCCCAGCUUCUCGGCGCCCAGCCCCGGCUCCGGCUCCGACCAGAAGACCCACCUGGAAGACUACUACUGGAUGACGGGGUACCCGCAGCAGCUCAACCCGGAGGCGCUGGGCUUCAGCCCCGAGGACGCGGUGGAGGCGCUGAUCAACAGCAGCCACCACCCGCUGCCCGGCGCCUUCGAUGGCUAUGCUAGAGGGCAGCAGCUGGCCGCGGCCGCCGGCGGCUCCGUGCCGGCCGAGGAGAUGGGCUCGGCGGCCGCCGUGGUGUCGGCGGUGAUCGCCGCGGCGGCGGCGCAGGGCGGCGCGCCCCACUACCACCACCACCACCACCACCCGCACCACGGCGGCGGCGGCGGCGGCGGCGGCGGCGGCGGGCACCCCCACGCCGCGGCGCCGGGCAGCGCGCCGCCCUCCUCCGCCUCCUCGGCCGCCGGCUCCGGCUCCGGCGGCGGCGGCGGCGGCGGCGCCGGGGGCUACCACCCGCACCACGGCGGCGGCGGCGGCGGCGGCGGCGGCCUCCACUUCGACGACCGCUUCUCCGACGAGCAGCUGGUGACCAUGUCGGUGCGGGAGCUGAACCGGCAGCUGCGGGGCGUCAGCAAGGAAGAGGUGAUCCGGCUGAAGCAGAAGAGGAGGACCCUCAAAAACAGGGGCUAUGCCCAGUCCUGCCGCUUCAAGAGGGUCCAGCAGCGGCACGUCCUGGAGUCGGAGAAGAACCAGCUGCUGCAGCAAGUGGAGCACCUAAAGCAGGAGAUCUCCAGGCUGGUCCGGGAGAGGGACGCCUACAAGGAAAAGUACGAGAAGCUGGUCAGCAAUGGCUUCAGAGAAAACGGAUCCAGCAGCGACAACCCUUCCUCUCCAGAGUUUUUCAUGUACCCGAGAGAAUCAUCUACAACGGUGAUGUGAAAAUCCCUGUUACCUGAGGUCAAAAAUAAAAGUCUCCCAGAAGACCCGGAGUGGUGAUGCCUGGAUGCAGAGGAGAUCACACUGCUUAUAGAUCUGCACCAUGAGGAGGCCAAAAGUUUCUGCAGCAGCAGGAGGUAAGCCAGGACUGCUGGUGGGUGUAAGGAGCAGAGAGCAAAGCCACGUGAGUUUGAGAAGAAGGCAGCAGCACCCUGAGGAUGGAGACUUUGGGUCAGUCGUGGUCCCGUACAGAAAACUUGAAGAGACACUGAAAACUUCAGGUGGGAACACAUCACCCAACCAGCUGCUUGUGUGGUUUGGUCCAUGGACCUUUGGGGUCUGCACAGCAGAGACUGAAAACUCUUCACUUACCUUAAAUUUCCUCUUUAUGGACUUCUGAUGUGAUAGGAAUGGCACAAAAAAAUCCAAUAUAUCUUCUUCACCAUAAUGUUUCCAGGCUGCUAACUUUCCCAGGACUACUUUCUGCUCAAAUUACUGGAACUUAAUUACAUGAGGUUUAAUUUCAGUUGCUUGGCCAGCUUUAAAAGCAUAUAUUCAAAUUUGAACCACAAGGACAGAAUUUUGGGAGCCUCUUUGUCCUCUCACUUUGUGUUAAUUUAAAUGAGGAAACUGUGCCUGUGAAUCUCUGCUUUACUUCACCUAUUCCAAGUCAGUCUCAGCUCUGGAGAGACAUCCCUGACUCCCAGCAGUUUAAAGGAGAGCACAAACAACUCCUUAUGUUAUAGUUUAUGCUUUUGAAACUGUGCAAACAGUAGAUAUUUGUCUUCUGCUUAUGCAUUUUCUUGUAAAUAAAAUGUAUUGAGACCA